UUCUGCUUAUGCCUAUCGUGUGCUCAGUCUUGAUUCCAUUGUUAACACGCAGCUCAACACGCGAUGAGCCGUCCCCUCAAAGUCGACAUCCACACACACAUUCUGCCCGAAACAUGGCCCGAUCUCAAGGAAAAGUACGGCUACGGCGGCUGGGUGUCUCUCGACCACUUUGAGAAGGGCAAGGCGCGCAUGAUGAAGGACGGAACGACCUUCCGGGUGAUUGAGUCCAACUGCUGGUGCGCCUCCACGCGGCUCGGCGAGUGUGAUGGCCACGACGUCGACGUCCAAGUCCUGUCGACCAUCCCCGUCAUGUUCAGCUACUGGGCCAAGCCCGAGGAUGCCUUGGACCUGGCCGUCUUCCUCAACGACGAUAUUGCCAAGCAAGUCUCCAAAAACCCAACUCGCUUUGUCGGCCUUGGCACGGUGCCGCUGCAAAACUCAGAAAUGGCAAUCAAGGAGCUCCGUCGCUGCAUGGUAGAUCUCAAGCUUGCCGGAGUCCAAAUCGGCUCACAUGUGAAUGACUGGAACCUGGACGCUGCCGAGUUGCGUCCCUUUUUUGCGGCUGCUGAGGAACUCGGCGCGGCAAUUUUUGUGCACCCCUGGGACAUGGAGACUGGAGGCCGCAUGUCCAAGUACUGGUUCCCAUGGCUGAUUGGCAUGCCUACAGAAACUACCGUUGCCAUUUGCAGCAUGAUUUUCGGCGGCGUGUUUGAGCAGUUCCCGCGAUUGAAGGUCUGCUUUGCCCAUGGCGGCGGCUCGUUUCCUUUCACUGUUGGCAGGAUUCAACAUGGUUUCGAUGCACGGCCUGAUAUCUGCGCCACCACAAACAACGUGCCACCGAUCUCGUAUGUUGGGCGCUUUUGGGUCGACAGUCUCGUGCACGACGCCAAUGCCCUGCGGUAUUUGGUCAAGCUGAUUGGCGUGGACAAGGUUGCGCUUGGCACGGACUAUCCCUUCCCUCUAGGCGAGCUUGAGCCUGGGAAGCUGAUUGAAAGCAUUCCCGAUUUCGAUGACCACGUGAAGCGUCGGCUACUUGGAUUGAAUGCGCUCGAGUUUCUGGGCUUGAAUGUCGAGCAGUUUGCUGCCAAUCGCGCUUGCUGAUGCUGACUGGCUGAAUCUUGAGCUGUGUGUUGUUUUCAUUGGACUGUGGUUCCUUUUUUGUCCCGAUCCUUGUCGUUGCUCUGAGCAACGCAUAGCACUGAACUUGUCCAGGCGUUGAAAGCCAAGUACAGAAGCCAAUCCGCAGAA